AUGUUUCCUCUUGGCAUGAAUAUAGCCCCUGCUGCUGACAUGGCAUUAAAUAAUAAAUAAAUAAAUCACAACAUGUUAUAUGUAAGAUAAUUUGUGUAUUAUAAUGGAUUUAUAAUCUGCUAUAUUAUGGCGGUCGUUCUGGACCAGGAACACAACUAGCUAUCAUGAAAUGAACACAACAGGAGGGUAAAUGCUACAGGCUACAAUGGCAGUUAGUGUAACGUGUUAUGUAGUGUUUCAGGCAAUGACAUUGCUUCAGCUAAGUCUCACAAAGGCAUGAGUAAUGCUGAAUGGCUUGCGCGUCUGGAGAGUUUUGCCCAAACAGGAGUUUGGCCAUCUACGCAGGGGAAUAGACCUUCUCCCCGACAAAAAAGAUGGCAUGAGAUAUAUCAGAAGGUAGAAAAGUGCCCUCUGCAAAUGAGGGGACAGACCACUCUUCUGAAGGAAGCACAGACAUGUAUUUGUGGAUUUCACAAGGUUCAUCCACCAGUCACAGUGGAAGCAUCACAGAGCACCCCGGCCCAAAGCACACCCUCUGUCAGUGAUGUGUUGUGUCCUGCAAAGAGACCUAAACUGACAUUGUCAAUGUCAAGGUUUGGAGGCUCACAUGUGGCAGCAGCAAAACCUAAUUUGAGCACCCAGAGGAAAACCUCUCAGCAAAGGAAUAUGCCCAUAUAAGCUGUGGAAGGUGCGGCUCCAGUGUACUAACCCUGCCUGUGCCAGGCAACAGCUGUGUGGUGGUGGACUGCACAGGAGGGUAUGACAGGUGUUAGACAUUGACAGAUACUACAACCUGGUGACAGAGACCCUGAUCUGCACCAAAUGUAGAACCAGCUACCUGUCCUGGAGUCAUGCUGUUCUGCAGAAGUUGGACCUGGCCCAUCGAGCUGAAUUCAGGGUCAUCCUCACACGCAAGUAUGCCUGUGACAUUCGGGUUCUUCGCUUGCUGCGUGAGAGGGGCAUGGGGAAUGGCCCAGUGAGGAUCAUCGGCCAGCUGAGAGAGAACCACAGUGAGGAGUGGUUGAAACGUGCGCUUCGGUACACAUCAGAGUGUGUGGCCUUUUUUGAUAAUCGUGGCCUGCAUUCGCUGCACUUCCAGGAGCCACCACCACUUGCUUCAGUACCCAGCUACAAAUGGCUCCUCACUGUAUACAGUCAGGACAUUCUCAACAGGCUCGAUCACAUAAAGGCCAGCAUAACAUCCACGUAUGGAUCAAUCUUAAAAAUGGAUUCAACUAAGAAGAUCACCAAGAAGUUGAGUGGGCCUGCGAAAGGCACAGCACAGUGGCUUACCUCAGUGGGCAAUGAGAUAGGUCAGGUGCUGAUGAGUGUCCUGACUGCGAAUGAAGGGGCUGGGUUAGACCUCAUGGCUGCAGGGCUCAUGGAGCGAUACCGGAGUGCUGGUGUUGAUCCUCCCACUAUCAUUUAUGUGGACUAUGAUUGUUGCAAGAAAGUGGGAAAGACUAAAUUGAAGAGGCGGUUCAGCGGCUGGCCAGAUGUCAUCGUCCGCCUAGACAUUCGGCAUUUUAUACGACGUCUGGCAGUAGGGUGCACCACUGACGCCCACCAGUUGUACCCUACUUUUUUUGCAAGGCUGUCAUCCUGUAUUUUUGAGUGGGAUGCAGGGGAUCUCACUCUGCUGAGACGGGCCAAAAGGGAGCAACUCAUCCAACAGGGCUGGUCUACACUGACGGAGGCAGAAUUGGACCAUCAUUUAACUAAAGCUGAGCUGCUCCAGCACUGCAGGAGGAGAACACGGGGAGAAGAAACCACUUUCCGCCUCCUUGAUAUGCUCAUCAUAGAGCCCAUGGGUGGCAAGGGGAAAGAUGCUCUUGGUGUUCCUCUACUUGACAGUGUCAGAAUGCAGCACAUCUGGAAUGUCCAGAGGCGGCACGUCACCUGUAUCCAAGACCCUCCUAAUGUGCCGCUCUAUACUGAAACUGGAACUACAAACAAGGGUGGGGUGGUUCUAAAAACCUAUCGUUGUGCCAGAGGCUCCACAUCCCUGGAAUCCUUUUACUGCCACCUAAGCAGAUUUAUUCCAGGGAACAGCGCAAACAGCCUGAACUUCCAGAUUUAUCUCCUGGAAGGUUUAUUACGCUGGAAUCAGGACCGGGCUGAAGCUGCUGUUGCAGAUGGAGGUUCAACUCUGCGCUCUUACACAGGGGAGCUGGUUUCCUCUGUCAAUAAGAACUACAAUAAGUUGUAUGGCAGGAAAUUGGUCCCUAGCUUUACUCCACCUGCAGUGUACACAGGGGAGCUCAUUGGAGUACAGCACUUGUUGAGGCAGAAUAGUCAGCCCCUGGAGGACAUGUGCCCUACCUCUGCUAGGACCUCUCAAUUGCUGGAGGAGAUAGAUGUGGAGGAGCAAGUGGAAAAGGGUGAAGGUUUCAUUGAUUUCUUUGGAGAGGAAGCCACAGUGGCAAAUCUUGUGGCAUCAGAUGACUUAGUCCUUUCAGGUCCACCAGUUCUACCAGCUGCACCAGUGCCCAGUGUCCAGGCUCCUACAGCUGCACCACUGCCCAGUGUCCAAACUCCACCACUGCCCAGUGUCCAGACUCCACCACUUACCAGUGUCCAGGCUCCACCACUGCUCAGUGUCCAGGCUCCACCACUGCACAGUGUCCAGACUCCACCACUGCCCAGUGUCCAGGCUCCACCACUGCCCAGUGUCCAGGAUCCUUUAGAUACACCAGUGCCCUCAGCAAUGGCUGUUGACGAGCACUGCAUUCCUGGAAUGGCAUUCCAGAUGGAUGCGUUGGCAGAGUGUCUGGUGGAGCUGCGCACACAGACAAGCCUCACACUUACCAACCAACAAGUUGCGACCAUUGUGGGUUUGUGGCAGAACCUGGACAAAUUUGAUAAAGACAGGGUGGUGUAUGCUGCUCGUCAUCAAGACAGGCUACUUACAGGACAUUUUAGGUCCCCAAAAAAGAAAGCUGUCUUCACUCCUGGUGUCGACAGCACAAAAAGGUGUGUUUUGGGUUCUAGCGGCUCUCCAGCACAGUGGCCUAAUUGCUGUCGCCUUGUUGAAAUGAUUUUCAUAAGGUUAUGUAACAUCCACCGAAGCACCAAGAAACAGCUGACAGAAUCUCUGUCUAGAUGGGAUCUCAUUCUUCGUGAUUACAGAAGAAUUCGGCAGCUAAUCCUGAGCAAUGGAACGGUGAUGAGUGACACAACCCUUCAGCUAGUUGAGGUAAAUCAGAGGACCCUUACGACAUGGCACAAUAUCCGUUUAAAGGGUCAGGAGGUCUACUUGCUGUUGCAAGGGCUGGACCUUCCAGAGGCACGUCCAGUGGCUUUGGAUGCUUUGCCUCCAGCACGAGUACAGCCUGUUGUGCCUCCACAAUAUAGCCACCAGUUGCAUACCUACCAGAUGCCACCAGACACAGCUGGACAGGCAAAGACAAAGUUUAGAAAGAUUGCGCCCUCAGCUACCUGUACAUCUGCCACAGCAACUUCAAUCUGGCCAUCAGCCGUACACCCUCAGCGUUCAGCCACGUCCAGCCAGCUAAGGACAAUUUGUCCCAGGCCGACAGCACCACACCCAUUGGUUCCUGACACACCCACUGCCCCUGUUGUUUCUUAGAUGUUUCUGGUGCCCUGCCCAGCCCCAUUUUCCACCAUUAACCCUGGAGCAAUUUCCUCUGACCCACCUGCAAAUGACACAGCCACUCCAACCAAACGGUCGUACAAUCGCACUGUAAAAGCAAAUUCAUGCAGAAAGUGUGGCCAAUUUCGUACUCAAGAAACUGGCCAUAGCCAGUACAAAGGCAAAAUAUAUUGCCCUAAUAAAGAAACAAUUACGAAGGAGCAGUGGUUACAGAUUAUGAGAAGAUAACUCAUUUAUUUAUGUGUGAUACAUUCAUUUUGUUCUCUUGGUUGGAUCUAUUCUGUUUUUUUAUCUUCCAGCCAUAUUUAAUGUUAAAGAGUUAUACUGUGCACUUUUUUUUAU